CGUCAGUCGCCAUUUUGAGACGGUCGAGCCACCGACUAGUUGCAAACGUCUGUUACGCAGCAGGUCUGUAGCGUUUUUUAAUCAUAUUUACGCCGAUCUACGAACCAAUGUCUCGAUUUCACAACAACCGCGGCGGCCUCGGGAUGAACCACUUCCAGGCCCGCAGAGGCGGUGCACCCGGGGGCCCGAUGCGCGGCGGACUGAUGGGGAACCCGAACUUCAGGAACCAUCCUUUCCAAAACCAGAACCAGAACCGAAGGGGACAAAACAACAACUUCAACAAACCGAACAACCAGGGGCCACAGAUCACCCCCCAGAAGAACCUGCCCAUCAUCCCUCCACCGACCCCCGGCCCGGCCCUCACCAUGAAGGGCCCCAUGCAGCAGCAGCAGACGCCUGUGGCGGCCGUGCAGACACCGAAGCCGGCGACCCCCACUCCCGUAGUCAGCAUCAAGACCUCCCCGCAGAAACCUAUCCUGUCCUCCCCUCCACCGAUCCAGGUGAUCAAGAACCAGAACCAGACCCCGGAGCUCAAGUCCCCGGUCGGAAACACUAACGGACAGCAGCAGCAGCAGAAGCCUCCACCUCAGCAGCAGCAGCAUCAGCCGCCGACCCCACGUCCGAGCCCCAGGUCCGGGCCUCACCAGAGCCAGAGGAACACCCCGUACCAGGGGGGCCACCGGGGGGCCCCGCCGCCAAGCAAGUUCAAGCAGGAGCGGGAGGAGCAGGAGAAGCGGGCCUCGAACGCGAACUCCGCGGAGAGCAGCGCACCACAGGAGGGAUUCAAGGCGACUCUGUCCAUGCUGCUGAAACCCGGUGAGAAGACGUACACUCAGCGGUGUCGUCUGUUCAUCGGGAACCUGCCCAGCGACAUCACAGAGGAGCAGUUCAAGAAGCUGUUCGCCAAGUACGGAGAGCCCAGCGAGGUCUUCAUCAACAAAGGCAAAGGCUUUGGUUUCAUCCGGCUGGAGUCCCGUGCACUCGCAGAGAUCGCGAAGGCAGAGUUAGACGACACACCGAUGAGAGGCCGGCCCUUGCGUGUCCGCUUCGCCACACACUCCGCAGCCCUGUCCGUGAAGAACCUGUCCUCGUUCGUCUCCAACGAGCUCCUGGAGGAGGCGUUCUCACAGUUUGGAAUGGUCGAGAGGGCCAUUGUCAUUGUGGACGACCGUGGGCGCUCCUCGGGCAAGGGCAUUGUCGAGUUUGCCUCCAAACCUGCAGCCAGGAAGGCUCUGGACAGGUGCAACGAAGGCGUCUUCCUUCUCACAACGUCACCUCGGCCUGUUAUCGUCGAGCCUCUGGAGCAGUUUGAUGACGAAGACGGUCUCCCAGAAAAACUGGCACAGAAGAAUCCCAGAUAUCAAGCAGAGCGUGAGGAGCCUCCUCGCUUCGCCCGUCCCGGCACUUUUGAGUUUGAGUACUCCAAGCGCUGGAAGUCCCUGGAUGAGAUGGAGAAGCAGCAGAGGCAGCAGGUGGAGAAGAACAUGCGCGAGGCCCGCGAGAAGCUCGAGAGCGAGAUGGAGGAUGCCUUCCAUGAGCACCAGGCCAGUCUACUCCGACAGGAUCUGCUGAGGCGACAGGAGGAACUUCGACGCAUGGAGGAGGUCCACAGUAAGGAGAUGCAGAAGAGGAAGGAGAUGCAGCUCAGACAAGAGGAAGAACGACGCCGGAGGGAGGAGGAGAUGCUUCGUACGAGAGAGAUGGAAGAACAGAUGCGCCGGCAGCGUGAGGAGAACUACAGGAUGGGCAACUUCAUUGAUAGGGAGAGGGAAAUGAGGAGUGGAGCGAUGGAAAUGGCCUUCGGUGCAGCCGGCCAGAAGUUUGGAAUGGGCUUUGAGGGACAACAGGGAACAGGAGGCCUGAUGGGCAACGAAAUGCGCAAUGAGCGCUUUGCCCAAGGCGGUCCUAGGGGAAUGGGUCCUGGCAACCCUGGGUACGGCAGGGUUCGGGAGGAGUUUGAUGGUCCUGCUAAGAAACCCCGUUUUUAAACGCUGCUCUUUGAUGCACCCUACAGCAAUUUGUACAGAUACUUCAUAACAAAUAUGUUGAGUCGCAUUUCUUGUAUUUAAGUUUAAGAUUGUUGCUACAUUUAGCUUGACAAUUUGCUCCUUUUAUGACCGAGUCAAUAUUUUCAUUUUUUUAUUUUGUAUUGUCAGUAGUUUGGAAAGAUAGCUCGCCCUCAUGUGAUCCUUUAGUUCUUCCUGACCCAUGUACAUUUUUCUUUUCUAGAUGUACUUUCCUCUGUGAGUCGCCGUGAAGUGAUAAUUGUAACAUUUUUCUCAACUUUCUAUGGCUGUGUUUUGUGCCAUUAAUUUGGAUUCAAAGCAUGUAUUAUAAUAAAGACAAAUUGUUCUAUGAGGACAAACCUUUAGCGUUUAUUCCUAAACGAUGAAACGUUCAAAAACAAAUCAAAUCUUUGUUUAAACAAAUGAAAUAAUGUGGUUAAAUCUGCCACAUUAGGUCUUAAAGGGUCUAUGUGUUAUCUCCGCCACAAUCCUGACCUUUAAAUUCAGUAAAGCGAACAUUUAUAAAAAAAAAAAAAAAAAAGUAAAGCCCCUACCGCGGAUGUGUAAAACUUUCAGCAUCUGAUAAGAUUUCGUCGACCAGGCUGCACCCAGGCGCAAUUGAUUGUGCAUUUUUAAUCCACAGCUUUUUAAUUGCAUUUCAUGAACACUGCACUCGGGGUAAACCGAGACAUUAAAAGCAAAAAGCUGUUCAUCUUUAGUUUGGUGCACUAAUAUGGUCAAAGCGUUUCAGGUGAGCAGAAAUACUACACAUAGAACCUUUAAGAAUGCAAGUAUGCAUAGUGGACAGACAUGAGUCUCCUUAUGAACACACUCUGCUCAUAUAACAUACAUAGUCCACAAUAGUGUGCGUGUUCUGAGCGAGGGUUAUUGGCUGCGUGGAACAUGAAUAUUGAAGGGUCACAGCAGUUUACAUUCAACAAACUUCACUUGCAGUUUGUGUUGCUGCCUUCGUUGGAGCUGAACCAGUGAAAGAGUGCUCAAAAGGUUUCUGAAGUUUGCAGUAAAUUAGAAAGUGGUGAAAAUGUACGUAUUCUGGAGUACUCUGAAAUGGGCGUGGCAACUGAAACCCAACUGAACGAUGGACAUUACCUAUGAUCCCCGACUUCCUGAACCAGAGGAGCUGCAGCUGUAACAAAUGCACCAAACUGUUCUUAGAGUUACUUGAUCUACAGUUCAGCAAUACGCUCGAACUUGAUGGACCUGAUUCCGAUGAUCUCACAGUCGUCACCCGCAAUCGUAUCCACUCACCAAAGCUUUGGUGAGGAGUGGGAAUGAAAGAAGAAACAUUCUCCUCAUUCCAAGUGACUGAACCAUCAAACUCAUUUUAAUAAAGGUGAUAUCUUAA